AAAACUCAACAGUUAUUAUCAAAGGAGCAUCCGGACUGCAGAUAUGUACCCCUCCGCCCGCAUCCGUCGCAGCGACGAUCUUGCCAAACUAGCCGACUACCAUAUCCAGCAUGACCUCUCAUCGUCGGACCGCGAUGCGCUGAAGUCCGCCGCAAAGACCGUUUCCCUCUGGACAACAGUCGGAUCAGCAGUUGGUAUUGGCCUCGGACUUUACGCUGCGUUCCGCUUGCGCACUUCGAGGAAGGCCUUCUUUGAUGUCUUUCGCGCGGCAGAGAAGCCGACCCAAGUUGUCUUUGCGGAUGGACGGACCGAGGCGAUUCCUGAUAUCACGCCGCUGCUCAAACCAAGCACGGUGGGAGACUUUGUUACCUAUUUCUUCGCCUCCAUGGGCGGUCUCUUUCUCGGUGGUGAACUCGGCUUUCUUGGUGGUGCAGCAAGCGGAAGCCGGACGCUAACAGGCGAUCCUGAGAGAAAGAAGCGGAUUGAGAAUGCCUUCCGGAGCUUCCGUGCGGACACGCUGCGAAAGGAAGCCGAUGAGCUAGAGAAGGGCAAGUCAGUCACAGACGAGAUGUUCUGAGGUGUAAAUCGGAGUGUUGAAAGCAGUCUUGACUUUCUGACCGAUUGAGGAAAUUGAUUUAUGUUUAGCCCCAAUAUUGGUGACGGCUCUGUACGAUUAUGAUGUGGGGGACGAUCUUAAUCCUCAGUAUAUGUACUAUAUCUCAAAGCGCACAAUUUGAUAGGCCUGGAUGGCCUCUGUUACGUUUCGCCAUGUCUCCAUGAGCGUCAGGUCACAAGCAACGUCCUUCUUUCAACCGCGCUUUGUCGACACAGUUCUAUCAACUUCAUCACCAGUUCCGCAUCUC